UCUGAGCUUGGAAGACUUCAGAAUGGUGGGGUUUUCCCCCUGCAGAACCUCCCCACCAGCGGGGAUGAUCUUGGCCAUCCAUCUUUUUCUCUUGUCCACAGAUUCACCGUGCUGAUAAGGAGGUGACGUCAUAGGAGCUGCUAAGAUGGGCAUGAGGAUCAAACUGCAAAGCACCAACCACCCCAACAACCUGCUGAAGGAACUCAACAAGUGCCGGCUCUCGGAGACCAUGUGCGACGUCACCAUUGUGGUGGGGAGCCGCUCCUUCCCGGCCCACAAGGCUGUGCUGGCCUGCGCGGCUGGCUACUUCCAGAACCUCUUCCUGAACACCGGGCUUGAUGCCGCCAGGACCUACGUGGUGGACUUCAUCACCCCUGCCAACUUUGAGAAGAUUCUGAGCUUUGUCUACACGUCAGAGCUCUUCACAGACCUGAUCAACGUUGGGGUCAUCUACGAGGUGGCAGAGCGACUGGGCAUGGACGACCUCCUGCAGGCCUGUCACUCCACCUUUCCUGACCUGGAGAGCACUGCUGUGACCAAGCCCCUGACCAGCACCAGUGACAGCCACUCGGGUACUCUGAGCUGCCCCUCAGCAGAGCAUGCCCAUCCCCUUGGGGAACUCCGGGGUGGCGGGGAGCACUUUGGUCCCGAUAGAAACUAUGUGUUGCCUGGUGAUGCUGGAGGGAGCUACAAGGAGGAAGAGAGGAACGUUGCCAGUGACGCCAGCCAUAGCCUGCCUCUGCCACAGCCACCACCGCCGCCCAAGACAGAAGACCACGACACCCCUGCUCCCUUCACGUCUGGUCCUAGUACGGUGACCCAGCCGGGCCUCGGCACUGUCAGCACGGGCAUGCAGGUCAGCAUGAGCUCUUGCCAGCCGUACAGAGUUCAAAGCAAUGGAGACUUCAGUAAAAACAGCUUCUUCACCCCUGACAACGCCAUAGACGUCACCACUGGGACCAACUCCUGUCUGAGCAAUAGUGACCACUCCAGAGACCCAGGCUUUGGGCAGAUGGAUGAGCUCCAGCUGGAGGAGCUGGGGGACGAUGACUUGCAGUUUGAAGACCCUGCUGAGGAGAUGGGCACAGCCGAGGAGGUGAUUGAGCUGAGUGAUGACAGUGAGGAUGAGCUGACUUUCGGAGAGAAUGACAAUCGGGAGAAUAAGGCCAUGCCUUGCCAGGUGUGUAAGAAAGUCCUAGAGCCCAACAUUCAGCUGAUCUGGCAGCACGCUCGGGACCACGUGGACCUGCUGACAGGCAACUGCAAGGUCUGCGAGACCCACUUCCAGGACCGAAACUCCCGGGUGACCCACGUCCUGUCCCACAUUGGCAUUUUCCUCUUCUCCUGCGACAUGUGUGAAACUAAGUUCUUUACCCAGUGGCAGCUGACCCUUCACCGACGGGAUGGAAUAUUCGAGAACAACAUUGUUGUCCACCCCAGCGACCCUCUGCCUGGGAAGCUGGGUAUCUUUACAGGGGCGGCCUCACCAGAGUUGAAAUGCGCUGCCUGUGGGAAAGCAUUGGCCAAAGAUUUCCAUGUGGUCCGGGGCCACAUCCUUGACCACCUAAACUUGAAGGGCCAGGCCUGCAGCAUCUGUGACCAGCGUCACCUCAACCUCUGCAGCCUCAUGUGGCACACGCUGUCCCAUCUUGGCGUUUCCGUCUUCUCCUGCUCUGUGUGUGCCAACAGCUUCGUAGACUGGCAUCUUCUGGAGAAGCACAUGGCUAUGCACCAAAGCCUGGAAGAUGCCCUCUUCCGCUGCCACUUGUGUAGUCAGAGCUUCAAGUCAGAGGCUGCCUAUCGCUACCACGUCAGCCAGCACAAAUGCAACAGUGGCCUUGAUACGCGGCCUGGCUUUGGGCUCCAGCACCCGGCUCUCCAGAAGCGGAAGCUGCCAGCAGAGGAGUUUCUGAGUGAGGAGCUGGCCUUGCAGGGCCAACCUGGGAACAGCAAGUACAGCUGCAAGGUCUGUGGCAAAAGGUUUGCCCACACAAGCGAGUUCAACUACCACCGGCGGAUCCACACGGGCGAGAAGCCGUACCAGUGUAAGGUGUGCCACAAGUUCUUCCGAGGCCGCUCGACCAUCAAGUGCCACCUCAAGACGCACUCGGGGGCCCUCAUGUACCGCUGCACAGUCUGUGGCCACUACAGUUCCACCCUUAACCUCAUGAGCAAGCAUGUCGGUGUGCACAAAGGCAGCCUCCCGCCUGACUUCACCAUCGAGCAGACCUUCAUGUACAUCAUUCAUUCCAAAGAGGCAGAGAAGAACCCAGACAGCUGACUGGGUCCCAGCCGAGCCAGCGGGAGCCCCCAGGCAGCAGCCAGGACUCUGAUUUUCUAAUGGCUGUUAGGCCCUCCCCAGCUGAAGUUUUGCCUUGCUAGGAAUUGUGUUGUGUUUAAGGAAGAAACAAGAAGAAAUAGCACAUAAGCUGUUACUGUUUUUGAGAAGCAACAGCCCUAUUGCAUUUACCUCCAUACCUGUUCUUGCCCGUGAAGGGCUGCGUUUUUGAUUCUUUUGAGGCUGGUUUGGGAUCUAGUCAAGCAGUUGGUGUCAACUAGUUCCCCUUCCCCAGCCUCUCUAGUUUUAGUUUACUGAUAGGUUUUAUGCUGCUAAGAAUUCAACCAACAGCCUCACCAGAGAGAGGAGGUGAAGAGAGGUUUCCACUG